AUGUCUGGAUCAAGCGAGUCAAACGAAGUAGCUGUGCCACCUACUGAGACGAUAGUCACAGAAAAUAUUUCUGUAGCGACAGAGGAGAAGGGUAAGGGAAAAUCUAUCGAGCCGGUAGUCGAAGCAGACGCGAUGGAAGACGUGGAAAGCUCUAGUGAAGAUGAAGCUCCCGAGACCAACUUCUCAGUGGAGGAACCCGAUGAAGAAACAUUUGAGGAAAUCAACCCCGAAAACAUCCUGCCCGACACCAAGCGCACUCGCGGCCGCAUAAUCGACUUCGCCAAGGCCUCCGAGGAUAUGGGCCCGGAGGGAGAGGAGGAAGAUGAUGAAGAUGAAGACUUCACGGCCGUAGACGACGACGAAGAGAUGGCGGACUAA